GAUCGAAGAAGUUCGGCAGGUGCAAGGCAGUGGCAGGUGUUGCGUUAUGUGUUUGAAUUUCAUAUUUGAAUAAAAUUUCAGUUUGAUUCAUGACAGUCGCCGUGACGAAGAGUGGUUCCUUUCGUUGCUAUUCCAAUUCCAAUUCAGAGUGAUUCAAUUCAAGAGGUGACCUUCACUGUCACUGGAAGUUUUGUGUUGAGAGGGCAUCGUAGUUCAGGGUUUUUUAUGCCAUGUGAGGAAACCUAAUUACAGGCUGAAGAUACUCAACCACAUGGGAUUUCAUCAUGUUCAACCUUGCUAAAAAGGGACAUGCAGCCGUUGAUGUCAAGAAGUCAAUCCAAAAGAUUCUUGACACCAAAAAGGACUCAGCCACACGUUUGAAACACCUGCGCAUAAUAUUAGAGAACGUCGACCUGGUGGAGGCGCGGUACAUCUUCGAGACCCACUACAGCCACAUCUAUUAUCUCUUCUACGAUGUCUUCGCUGCCACCGAGGCCGGCGUCAAAAUCAAACCGCACCGCGUGCAUCGCGAGGACGUGGAGUCUGUACUGUACAUCCUGGAGCACAUCCUGCUGCUGCUGCCUGAGCUGCUGCAGCAGCGCUGGCAGCUCCACAGUCUCACGCGCGUCAUGCGCACCCUCCUCCAUCCGGGCAACAUCCUCCGGCUGCGCAGGGAGGCCAUGAGGAUGUUCGUCAUCUGGUUCCAGGAGGUGGGCGAACAGGCCUCUGAGGAGCUGCUGGCCAUCUUUGCCACCCUGGUGCCCGGUUUCCCGGCGCCGGCUUCUCAGCAGACGGCGCCCCGCCCGCCCCGGGCCCACCCGGAUCAUAAGCUCGUGGGUCCGGUCGACGUGGUGCCGAUCCUGCCACCUCAGGGCUCGGAGAAAACGCCCGACGACCUGACCCGCUUCUUCCUCGAGUGCCUCAUGGAUAACAUGGUGACCCAGCUGACGCGGAUCGAGUGGAAGGACAAGGCCAACCACGUGCGGUGUUUUAACUUCCUGUUCGACAACUUCAAGCAGUUCUACUUGCCUCACAUCUUUCCGGAUUUCAACUGGCACACCAAUCUGUACAAACCGGCGCUCAGUCUGCCCGAGAUGCGCCGCCAGCUGUCUCCCAUGGCCAGCUCUGUUGACGGCGCGCCGCGGCCCGCCGACCGGCUGGUGGCCUGUCGAGUCGUGGUGAUCCGCUGGGUGGCCAACUUUGUACACGCGCCGCUCAGUCGGAGAGGGGAGCAGGCGCCCAGCGGGCCCGGCCCCGGACAUCAUGGACAGCAGUCCGGCGGCAGCGGCGGCUCCGGCGACGACGGCAGUCAGGGCACGCCGGAGACGCGCCGCUCAGUACCCCCGGCCGGCGGCGGACCGGCCGACGGCGAGGCGCCCACCUCCCUGCACAGCCUAGCCUCGGACUCGAGCGGCUCGGCGUUUUACCCGGUUGACACGCGGGAGCGCGACGCUGACCGGCCGGACGAGUCGGCGCUGGUGCGGGAUGUGCUGUUCGGCAGCCGUCAGAACGUCAACUUUGUGCACGAGGUGUUCCGGCAGGCAUUCCUGCUCAGCUGUCACUACUCGGCCGCUAUCAAACGUGUGGUGCUCGUCUACAAGGACUGGAUCCAGAUGAACGUUCAGCUGCCGGCGUUCCUACUAGAGCCAUCCGACACGGGCGGCGGAUAUGACGGCAGGUCACCGGCGCCGGGAGAGGACGUGGGUGACCUGAGCCGGUCCCGCCACCGCGCGGACGGCUCUGGAGGACCGUCUGCCAGCGUCCGGGCCGGCCUGCAGAACACCCUGCAGCUGUUUAUCACCAACUCUGCCAACAUUUUCCUGCUGGAGGCGAGCCCGGAGUACCGCGGACACUAUCUGGAGGACCAGGUGGAGCUCUGUAAGCGCAUCCUCAACAUGUACCGCUACCUGGUGAUGAACGUCUACAUGUCGCAGCGCACCUGGGAGCAGUUGCUGUUGGUGCUGCUCCAGGUCACCACUCAGACCCUAUCGGGCGAACCGACUCAGAGGGCCCGGGAGCAGACCCUCGGCGCCGUCCUGGCUCGGCCGCUCUUCCAGACGCUGAUAGUGACCUGGGUCAAGGCCAACCUGAACGUCUCUGUGAGUGUGGAGCUGUGGGACCAGUUUCUGGCGGCGCUCACAUCGCUCACCGCCUGGGAGGAGCUCAUCAAGGAGUGGGCGAAAACACUGGAGACGCUGACUCGCGUGGUGGCGCGUCAGGUGUACGAUUUGGACCUAAACAACCUGCCGCUGGACCGGCUGACGGAACAGAAGAGCAAACGACGCCGCGGCCGGGGAGAGGCACAGGACCCGGCGGCGGCGUGGUCGCGUCCGUCGGUGCCCGCCGAGACUCGGGACCACGGUGACGGGCCCGGACUGGGGGUGGGGCACAACCGGAACCGGCGCGCGUCCCUUCAGCCGCCCGACGACGGCCGGCUCCAUCACGGCUCUGGCGGCAGCCACCCGGGUGUCUCCCCUCACUCCCGUAAGCGGUGCACCAGCGGCCUGGGUCCGGCAGGCGGGCCGCCGCACGGGCCCGGCCACGCGCCGCCGAGACUGGUGCGCAGUCUGUCCGAGGGCAGUCUGGCGCCCAGUCUGCUGGCCGGCGCGGCGGCGGCCGCAGCGGCGUGCCGACCCCUGCCGCUGCACGAGGCAGCUAGUAGGAAGGUGUCGCGCAGUAUGAACUCACUCAGAGGCAGAGUAUCGCUGUACUCUCAGACGUCCGAGGCCGAGUACCGGUCCCGGUCACCGUCGCCGUCCAGCGGGCUGGAGACCAACUCUAUCAAGGAGUCGCCCAUGGGACUGGACCUGUUCGGCGCUGACGGAAACAGCAUCGACACUAUCGACAGCGGCGGCUCGGAGCACCGUUCUGUGAUGUCAGGCGGCACUCUGCGCGGCUGGAUGCCCGACGUCGCCGUCGUGCUCUGGCGUCGCAUGCUGGGAGCGCUGGGAAACGUCAACCACAUCCAGAGCCCAACAGUACACGCCCAGGUGUUCGACUACCUGAUCGAGCUCAGCGAGACACUCGUCAAGAUCGAGGAGAACCUGGGCGUGUCUGCCGACAACCAGUCGACCUGGUGGCCGUCGGAGCUGGUGCCGCCGCUGCCGCUGCUCGUGCCCUGGUGUCUGGAGGCGCUCCGGCUGCCCGACUCGCACCAGGCCGGCCGGCUGCGCGCGCUGCGGCUCCUCUGUCUGCUGCUGGUGCGCAGACAGCCGGCGCCCGUGUCGGCGGCCGUGUCUGCGCAGCUGCUGCGCGCGCUGCACCGCGGGCUGAGCUCCGGCCGACAGGACGUUAUACACACCCUGGUCCGCCAGUGUGGGCCCGGCCUGCUGGCCACAGAGCUGCCGGCCGCCUCGCUGCUCGUGCUGGACCUGAUACAGGCGUGUGGCGGCAUCGCGGCCAGCCAGGAGCUGCAGGGGGUGCCGCGCACGGAGUCGGUGUCGAUCCUGGGCAGCCUGGUGUGCUUCCCCAACCGGUGGCCGCAGCUGGAGGCCCUCCAGCCGCGGCCGCUCGAGAUGACCGUCGUACCGUGCCCCGAGCUGAAGGACUGCGUGGUGUCUGUGCUACUGAAGGCGGGUCGCCGCGAGCCCUCAGUGACCGCCCGCUGCACGGCCCUCGUCUCGCUGGCCAUCUACCUGUACGAGGAGCUCACGCACGCCACCAUGCACGACAAGAUCAAGGACGCCAUACACAUCCUGCUCAGCGCGCUCAAGUGUAACAGCCGGAUCGUGGGUCAGGUGGCGGCCGACAUGCUGGUACUGCUCACGGACCACGCCGCCAUCCUGCUCCAGUACCUGCCGGAUGUGCCCAAACGUAUUAUCGAGGUGACAGCGGCCACCCUGGAGGCGCUAGUGGUGGCCCGCUCGGACCCUCCUCCCGACGAGCGCUGGCUGCUCGUCUCUCUGGUGUUCUGCCUGGGCGAGUGGUGUAUGAGACUGCCGAUCGACGUGCUGACGGAGACUGAUCAGCAGGGCAAGUCGCUCCUGCUGCGCGUCUUCAAGGCUCUGACCGAUUGCGGCGCCUCUGACGGGCCGCCGCCCGCGCCUCCGCCGCCGCCGCCGCCGGCUACGGCGCACCCGCAGCCUCCCAUAUCGCUCACAGUCACUGAUCCCUACCACCAGGUACUUCACGUGGUGGUGGGCGACUCGCCGCCGGCCGGUUCCCUGUCGGCCGACUCUGUGGACUCUCGGUCCAGCGGGACGGUGACGGGGGACGCGGCUCCGCUGGGCACCGUCAAACUGGCGGCCAGGGCGGUGAUUUCCCACCUGGUGAACCACCUGGACCACUUCCCGAUGCUGUCGGGCGCCGUGCGGCUCGGCUCGCUGGUCUCUGAACACGACGACCUGCCCAUGCUGACCGCCUCGGACGAGCUCAGCUCCGACAUCUUCUACGCGCCCAACGUGCAGUUUUUCGUGUUGAACAACCGCUCGCUGCUGUCGCUGGUGGAGCUGCCUUCUCUGGACGUACCGGGCGGCGGGGUGACCGCUGGUCUGUGUACCGCACACUCGCAGGUGCGAGUGAUUCUGCGUGACCUGGCCGGCAAGUUCUGCUGGGACGCCUCGGUUCUGUACGGCACGGACGGUCAACUCGAGUCGCUAUGUGCAGAGUGGGCGCCUCGGCCGGUGGCGCGCCGCUCCGCCCCGCCCAUGGUACACGGCAAGUCGGAGGAGUCGCUGCUGGGGGCCGCCAUGGUGGCCCCGCCCCGGUUCACUGUUCGACACCGCGGCAGGGGCACGCUGCCCAGCUGGCAGGAUACCGAGGGGGAUAUGGAUAACCUGGAUGACCUGUUACUGUAUCUGGCCGACACAUCCCCGGAGUGUGUGGCCACCACAGACGCCGUCUCGCUGCUACCGUCCGUGCUCGGCCAGGAGCGACACGUGGAGGCCAUCAACGCGCUGCUCAACCAGCGGAGCGCGGAGCUGGAGGCUGCCCGCACAGCCGAUACCAGCGCCCCGGCUCCGGCCUGCCGUCCCCCUGCCCCCCAGCCGGCCGGCUCGCCGUUCCAGCACGGUCGGCUGCUGUUCAGCCAGCUCGGCCUGACGGGCUGGUCGCGCCGGCCGCACAUCCACCUGCUGAGGAAGUCGGAGCGACUGCUGAGGGAGCUCAGGAAUGUCGACAAUCAGAAAUGUCGGGAGACUCACAAGAUCGCCGUGAUCUACGUGGCGCUGGGUCAGGAGGACAAACGGUCCAUCCUGGCCAACUCGGCGGGUAGUCAGAUGUUCGAGGAAUUCAUCGCCGGACUGGCCUGGGAGGUGGAGCUGGAGACGCACACUGGUUUCAUGGGCGGCCUGCAGCGUAACGGCGCGACGGGCGACACGGCGCCCUACUACGCCACCUCGUUCACCGAGUGUCUGUUCCACGUGUCCACCAGAAUGCCGUCACACUCGGAGGAGGCCAUCCUGCAAAAGACGCGUCACCUGGGUAACGACGAGGUGCACGUGGUGUGGUCGGAACACAAGCGGGACUACCGGCGUGGCAUCAUCCCCACCGAGUUCUGUGACGUGCUCAUCGUCAUCUACCCUCUGGAGAGCGGACUGUUCCGCAUCCAGCUCGACAGGAAACCCGAGGUGCCGUUCUUCGGCCCGCUGUUCAACGGCGCCAUCGUGGGACGGAAGAUCCUACCGGGACUGGUUCGGGCCACUGCGCUCAAUGCCUCGCGGGCCAAACGCAGCAUGCUGCCCUACUACCUCAACUUUUUCGAGGAGCGCUCGCAGGCGCUGGAGACGCUCAUCUCCAACCACCGCGAGUCGUCCACGUUUGAGGAGCUGGUGGGCAGUGUGUACAGUCCGGCGCCCCCGGUACCCGGCGGACUGGCACCGCGGCCUGCCCAGGAGCCGGUGUCCCGGGUGGGCUCGGAGCCGCCGCUGACCUCCGCUCUGGUGGACGCCACUCCUCAGCGGUCCCCAUGGCACCCGGAGACACGCAACCACAGAGCCGACCCCGACUCGGGUAUGGCGGAGAUCGAACUGGGCAAGGCCGACCCGUCGCCCAAGACGCUGAAGCGGCUCUCGUUCAAGACGACGGUGCGCAAGGCGUCGUCGUCGAUCCAGGAGACGAUCCAGGGUCUGCCGACUGCGGCCCGCAGCCACCUGCCCGUGUCCAGGACUUUCCAGACGCCCACCACGCCGCCGGACAGUCCGGCGCAGCGGUUCGGCCGCAAGUAACCGCCGCCCGCCGGUCUCCCGCCCGCCGCCCGCCCGGGCUGGUGAGCUGGUUCUACAGUUAUCACUCCGCGCCGGUGAGCGGUGGUGGCAGGCAGACAGUGCCCGCUCAGCCGACCUGUGCCGCGGGCGGGGCUAACGCUACGGACGAGCCGCUGGGCUGGCUGCUAAGGACUGCGCUGACGGAAUGGGUGAGUUUCCGGCGUGUAUUUCGUCGGGAAGUACGGGUUCGUCGGACGCGUGUGUCUCGUGCACCGCUCUGGUCGACAAGCUCGCCCCCGCGCGCGCGAACACUUUUUACGUAGGGAGAUGUUAUGCCAAAGGUCUAGCGUAAGUCGCCUUUAAAUUAUUGCUGAUUAGUUUGUUUCCUGUGAUAGUUGCUUGUUGGGGAGAUUGGUGAUGGUUGGGCCCCGCCGCUCGGCGUGGGCCGCGGGGGAGACUCGGGGGCUGCUCCGGUCGUACCGAUCGUGGACAGCCCGCCGCGGUCGUAUCUGUGCCUGAGAACGACUCUGUUCCACGCGGGGUGUGGCGAGGACGGCCCCGGAGGGUUUGGACGAUGUAUGCCGAGAUGUGCCCGCCAGGGAUGGCUGCGUCUGGCCGCUGGCGCGUCCCACGCCUUCGCUGCGGCGCCCGCGGACCUGUUACGUUUUCAGUUUGUUACUCGGUUACCUUUGUUGACAGUGGAGAUUCGCGUUACUGAGAUUUUCCGUCUAUCCACGCCUUUUAGUGUGGCGUCGUAGACUGUUUUGUUAAAACAUGUCGUACUAGACGUGUAGUCGCUAUUCGUAAGCAGGUUAUGUUAAUCGCGUUAUUUAUAGUUAUUUACUGCAAUAGUGGGCGUUUAGGUGAGGCUUUAGCGUCGCGUACAGGGCGCCACGCGCGCCCGAGAGGCCGUCCAUGACUAGUCGCGGCGCGCGGUUCUCUCCGCUGAUCGGUUCGGUUCGGUUCGGUUCGGUGCUUUUAGUGACGCUGGACUCUGCGGGGCGCCGGUCGCUCUCCUUCUGUGGUUCCCGCUCGUCGCUUCUGGCGGGUGUCGUCCCGUCGGUCUGCCUCUGACGGGCGGUGACGGCGCCGGCCCAUCGCGGUCCUCCCCGGAUAUACAUGUACCCUGGCCAUUUCCCCGACCCGGAGCGAUCGCAGACGGGAGCGACCGCUGCGCGAGCGAGCGAGGCGCGAUGCACGAGUUCGACGCGGCACCGCGCGUCAAUCAUACUGAUUGACAGGGAGCUGGGAGGCGCACCGGCGCGCGACGCCCGCUUCGCUGAGUUGUCCGCGACGCGACUAUUUUUGUACGCCGUCACCAAAGAGACCGCGCCGCACAAUGUACAUGCUUUGUAUUGGACUAGUUUUCUACCUGUUAUUUUUCUCGGUCGGGCGAAUAUUUAUUGCUCCGUGUCAUCGAUGUCUAUGCAUUGUCCUCUGCGUACAAAGCCUUCUAAUAUUAAUAAACCGUUAAGGCACCUGA